UGCAGUUUGCUCUCUCAUCAAGAGUAACCAUGGAGCUUCUUAUUCUGGUCUCUCUGUUUGGCCUGAGCCUUGCUCAGCACAACCCCCAGCUCAAAAGCGGAAGGACUGCCAUCGUUCACCUAUUUGAGUGGCGCUGGGCUGACAUUGCUGCAGAGUGUGAGCGCUUCUUGGGUCCUAAUGGCUUCGGUGGUGUUCAGAUUUCUCCUCCAAAUGAACACAUCAUUGUGGAGAGUCCCCGGAGGCCCUGGUGGCAGAGAUACCAGCCAAUUGGCUACAACUUGUGCUCGAGAUCUGGCAAUGAGGCUGAACUCAGGGACAUGAUCACCAGAUGCAACAAUGCUGGGGUCAACAUCUAUGUGGAUGCUGUCAUCAACCACAUGUGUGGAUCUGGUGGUGGAGAGGGGACCCAUUCUUCCUGUGGCAGCUGGUUCAGUGCCAGCAAAGAAGAUUUCCCCACUGUCCCCUAUAGCUCUUUGGACUUCAAUGACAACAAAUGCAAGACUGGUAGUGGUGAAAUUGAGAACUAUAGCGAUCCCUAUCAGGUGCGUGACUGUCGUCUGGUUGGUCUGCUGGAUCUGGCCCUUGAGAAAGAAUAUGUUAGGGGCAAAGUGGCUGGGUUCAUGAACAAGCUGAUUGAUAUGGGUGUGGCUGGAUUCAGAGUGGACGCUAGCAAGCACAUGUGGCCUGGCGACCUGGAUAAUGUUUACCGCCGUCUCAACAACCUUAACACCAAGUGGUUCCCCAGUGGCGCUAGACCUUUUAUCUUCCAGGAGGUAAUUGAUCUGGGAGGUGAGGCCAUCUCCACUAAUGAAUAUUUCAAUCUGGGAAGAGUGACUGAGUUCAAAUAUGGUGCCAAACUGGGAAAUGUCUUCAGGAAAUGGAAUGGCGAGAAGCUUUCUUUCACCAAGAACUGGGGAGAAGGUUGGGGCUUCAUGCCUAAUGGUAAUGCUCUUGUCUUUAUUGACAACCAUGACAACCAGAGAGGUCAUGGUGCUGGUGGUGCAUCCAUUAUUACCUUCUGGGACCCCAAACUCCACAAGAUGGCUGUGGCCUACAUGCUGGCUCAUCCUUAUGGACAGGCCAGGAUCAUGUCUAGCUAUCGCUGGGACCGUAACAUUGUGAAUGGAGUGGAUCAGAAUGACUGGAUUGGCCCUCCCAGUAAUGGUGAUGGAUCCACCAAACCUGUUCCCAUCAAUGGUGACCAGACCUGUGGAGAUGGAUGGGUGUGUGAGCACAGAUGGCGCCAAAUCAAGAACAUGGUCAUUUUCCGUAACGUUGUCAAUGGACAGCCUCAUACCAACUGGUGGGACAACCAGGGCAACCAAGUUGCCUUUGGACGUGGUAACCGUGGUUUCAUCGUUUUUAACAAUGAUGACUGGGCCCUCGAUGUAACCCUCCCCACCGGCUUGGCUGCUGGUACCUACUGUGAUGUCAUUUCUGGCCAGAAGGAAGGAUCUAGGUGCACUGGAAAGCAGAUACAAGUUGGAAGCGAUGGCCGUGCCCGGUUCACCAUUAGCAAUACAGAGGAAGAUCCUUUUAUUGCUAUUCAUGCCAAUUCCAAGCUGUAAACUGCUAUCUCCAAAUAAAGCUGCUUUAAAACAUGAA